CGCGCAGCAAUGUCCUUUGGCGGAUUCGGCGGCUUCGGCCAGCAGAAUAAAGCUUCUACUCCUACUGGCGGAGCAGCUGGCGGAGGAUUCUCAUUCGGUGCUCCCGCGGCCAACAACAACAACGCCUCCAGUACAGCUCCCAAGCCGGCGACGGGCGGCUUCUCCUUUGGCCAACCUGCCGCCUCAUCAGCCCCUGCCAGCGGCUCGACCCCGACGCCCUCCUUCAGCUUUGGUGGCAGUGCGCAGCCAGCAACAGGAGCAGCUGGUGGAAGCUCACAACCUCCUGCUGCCUCGACUGGCGGGUUCAGCUUCGGCGCAAAGCCUGCCGCUCCUGCUAACAACGCGAAUACGACUACCACACCCGCUCAUCCACCUCCUGUAAACCUCUUUGGCGGCGGCGCUGGAGGGGCGGCAGCGGGAGGCAGUGGGACGGGCGGAGCAGCUCCUGCUCCUUCCUUUGGCGGUUUCGGUGGAUUUGGAAAGCCAGCUGCUUCGACUGGAUCCGCGGCGCCCGCAAACUCGGCCUCGACUUCAACACCAUCAUCAUCCGCCCCUGCACCUGCGCCGAGCCUCUUCAGCGGCUUUGGCAAGCCUGCGGGAGGGGACGCAGCGAGUGGCAGCGGUGGCAGCGCGGCGCCGUCCCUCUUUGGCAAGCCAGCAGCACCAUCAGCGGCGCCAGCGUCCACUUCAGGCGGAGCUGAUGCAUCGAAGCCCGCUGCUUCACCUUUCGGUGGCUUCGGGGGCUUCGGCACGGCGGCAUCUUCAUCAUCUACCACAAAGCCGGAGGAGAAGAAGGAUACGCCAGCAGCACCUGCAGCAGCUAAGCCGUCGCCCUUUGGUGGGUUUGGCGGUUUUGGUGCUAAGCCUGCUGAAGAGCAGAAGAAAGACCCUCCAGCUACUCCGACUUCAACAGCGACACCAGCAGCACCUGCUCCUGCGGCGGGCGGCUUCUCAUUUGGCAAGCCGGCAGCAUCCGCAGCGCCAGCAGCGGGCGUGGAGAAGAAAGACGAGCCUGCCAAAUCGGCCGGUGGGUUCAGCUUUGGAGCGACACCCGCGGCUUCUGCUGCAGGCGCAGAGAAGAAGGAUGGGCAGACUGCGACGACAGCAGCGCCAGCAGCUUCAACGGCUCCAGCAGCGAGCACGAGCCUCUUCGGAGCCAAGCCCGCUGCUACUUCAACAGCACCGGGUACGAGCAGCGCGACCGCAGCGCCAGCCUCAGCAUCUGCAGCCAAGCCGGUCGCACCAGGAGCAGGCUCCACCGCAACGCCAGCCCCACCAGCAUCCGUCGCCCCCUUGUCAGCCCCGUCUCUCCUCCGUGGCCGAACAAUGGACUCCAUUCUCUCAACCUGGACCACCUCGCUCUCAUCCAGCAUCAGCUCAUUUUCCAAGCUCAGCGGGGAGGUACUAGUGUGGGACGAUCUCCUGCGUCGCUCUGGCGCUGAAAUCGCUACAUUGGCGCAAGGCCUGGCGAAGGUAGAAGAGGGGCAGAGCAAGGUCGGCCAGGUGCUGGAUUGGGUUGAAGGGCAGCAGAGUGAUUUGGAGGGUCUGCUGGGGGGAUACGAGCAGCAGUUGGAAGGGUUGAGGGAAAACGCUCUGGCUGCUAAUGAGGCUUCAUCGGGUGCGAGAGGGUUUGGGGCGUCGGUCAACAGGGGAGGUACGCCAGGCCUGAGGGGUGGGGAGUUGGAGCGUGAGAGGAUGUACGCGCAGGCUGAGCGCCUCGAUGCCAACUUGGGCGACCUUGCGGCAAGCCUUACCGCGAUCAUCAACGAUGUCAACUCUUCGCUGGGCAGCGGCAACACGACGACAAGCAAGGACACGGCAGCGGCGGGCAGUGGCAUCCCUGCCCUUCCCGGAUCGAACGGCGCAGCUGCUAAUAGAGAGGAGGAUGCGGUGGAGCAGAUCGUGGCCAUUCUCAACGCGCAUCUGAAUAGUCUGCGCUGGAUCGACGGGGCCGUCAAGGCUUUGAGGGGCAGGAUUGGGGCGUUGAGACGGGGGGUGAUUGAGUGA